GUUUGCACAUGUCCGGGCACUCUCUAAUGCAGAGAGGUAUUGUAUAUAAUGGCACGAGUACAGCCCUAGAGGGAUUUAUAUCAAGUCAUCAACAUUCCAAACUUGUUUGAGUCACCGAUAAAACCUACCUUAAGUCACCUUGCACACAAGAUUAUCUCCUCUUGUCCCCCCAAGUUAGACUCCAAUCACACCAAAGAAGUAGUAAUGACCUCUACUACUCAACCUCUCGCCGGCAAAGUCGCCCUGAUCACCGGCGCAUCAAAGGGAAUUGGCGCCGCGACGGCCCUCGAGCUCGCCUCCCUAGGCGCCAGAGUCGCCAUCAACUACUCCUCUGACGCCAAACCGGCCGAAGAGCUCGUGGCCAAGAUCGGAAGUGCCGACAAGGCGAUUGCUAUCAAAGCGAACGCGGGCGACGUCAAGGAGCUCGAGAGACUGGUGCAAGAAACGGUGGCCUGGUCUGGCGGCAAGAUCGACAUUCUCAUCCCGAACGCGGGAAUAGCCUUGAUGCGGAAUGUUGAGCAGACGACCGAGGAAGACUUUCAACGCACGUACGACCUUAAUGUCAAGGGACCUUAUUUUCUGGUUCAGAAAGCGCUUCCCUACCUCCCCAAAGGCGCGCAUGUAGUCCUACUCUCUACAUCCCUGUGCGCCUCAUCCACAAUCACACCGAAUUAUCUCCUGUACGUGACUUCGAAAGGCGCAGUUGAGCAGAUGACGCGCGUUUUGGCAAAGGACCUGGGAACAAAGGGGAUCAACGUCAACGCUAUAGCGCCCGGCCCUAUGGCAACCGAUCUAUUCUUCCAAGGUAAAUCCCAGGAACUCGUCGACACAAUCGCCUCGGGGAACCCGUUCAAGCGCUUAGGCCAGCCCAGUGAGAUCGCAAAGGCCAUUGCGUAUCUCAGUGGCGAGGGAGGAAGUUGGGUCAAUGGCCAGAUAUUAAGGGUAAACGGCGGGAUGACUGUGGGCAAUUAA